GUCCUAACAAUCUGUUACCGAUGCGAAGUGAGAUGUUUUGAUGCUGAUGGUAAUCAGUCAUACUUCAACCAACCGUAUGUAAAACCUACAUAUCGAUGGUUUGUUUAAUCAUAGAAAAGCCUGAUUUACCUAACCCUUGUCCAGUCCUUGGACAAUAACGCAAGAUUAUUCUAAAAACACAAUUUUACUGAAAUAUAUUCACAUAUUAACACGAAAAUAUUCCUGACUUUAGUUAACAUUACGUAGAAAGUGUUAGUUUCCUGAUAUUUAUGUAGGGUGACAGCUAUUUCACUGACUUGUAAUAGUGAGCAUAUUUUCAUAUCAAGCUUUUGUUUUCGUAGUUGUGUUGAUUAUCAAAGCUGGAUUAUUCAAAUAUAAGCUCUAAAAUCAACACUUCAGCCUGCACAUAUUUUUACGCACUUUAAAUAGUUCCAAGCGGUUUUAUCUGUGAUGAAAUAACUUUUCAGGAUGUCGACACGUCGUAAAACUAAUUUAUUAUAUGGUGGAAAAUCCUACACUCACGAUUUAUCAAGCAAACCACAGAAUCUCUGCAGGAAUUUUUAUAAAUUGGAAGGCGAUCCAGUCGGACGCGGCUAUGCUGGGAAAGUUUAUAAAAUAGUUGCUUCCAGCUUGGAACCUUUGAAGUCGAAGAAAACUCAAUUUUCCACAGUCGUAUAUUCAGAAAAUGUCUUUGUAAAACCUGACGAGUACUUAGCAUGUAAAGUGAUCCGCAGAUUUCGUGGAGGAAAGGAUACCACUUCAAGAAUCACUUCUGAGAUUCGAGCCAUGAUCAACCUACAGACUUACCCUCUUCACUCUCCUUCGAAUAAUAACUAUAUCAACAAUAACCCGCUUGAUAAUUCUAUGCAGACAAGCAGCAAAAUUUCUCCACCAAAGUCCGCAUCGCCUAGAUUGUUCGCAGUUCAUGAAGAUCCUAUGGAAGUAGCAAUUAUUAUGGAAUAUGCCUACGGUGGAUCCUUGUAUGAUUUGUGCACAUCUGCUUACGGAAAUGACUUUGCUAGAAAUACCAACAGAGUGCUUAACAUAGAACAGUCUACUGGUGAUGAUUCCUACCUUAUAAAUUCAAACAUUUGUAGUUCACAUGCAGGAGAUCAUCAUUCGAGACAAUUUUCUUCAAAUGGGUUACCCGAAUCAUAUGUUUGUAAACUGCUUGGUCGUAUUCUUGAAGCCUUGGUAUACAUGCAUGAGUCGUUAAAAAUGGUUCAUCUUGAUGUUAAGGCGGAAAAUCUAUUACUACGUCAACCUUAUCCAUCCAUAGAUGUAUUUCUAACAGAUUUUGGUCUGGCAACUGUUUUAAUGGAAGGGAAACAACAUCGGGAGUUAGCAGGAACACCAGACUAUGUUGCACCCGAAAUUAUCAACUAUGAUCCUAUCACAUUUGCUACAGAUAUGUGGUCUGUUGGAGUUCUUACAUAUUACCUACUGACUGGCAUUUCCCCAUUCCUCGGAGAAGACAAGUUGAUCACAAUGCAGAAUAUAACUCAUGUUGAAAUUGAAUAUCCUGAUUCACUUUUUAAAAGUCGUUCAGUGAAUUCAAUUGAUUUUAUUCAACGUCUUCUCCAACGAUCACCAAAACGACGUAUGUCUGCAAGAGAAUGUCUCAGUCAUCCUUGGAUUAAAUUGAAUCAAACAAACUCAGAUAAAGAAAACAUUGAUACACAUCCUAAAUUAAAAAAUGAUAUAAUUUCACAACCUUCAACUAAUGCAUGUAAACCAAAUUAUACAUUGGAGUUAUUCUCUACCGAUCCAUUGGUUGAAAUGAUUGAAGUACUUCCUUUAAUUUCUGCGCCUUGUUUUGCACUAGAAUCUCCUGUACACAUUAUCCCAUAUUUGAGUUCAGUUACUAAGACCAAUGUUGUCAGUAUAUUAUCAGGACCACUUGUUAAAAAUCAGCGGAGUAUUAACAAAGACAAUGCAAUUUCUGUCAAAAUGCAAUAUUCGUCAUCAACUUUACUAUCAAACAGAAUAUCUAACAUUAUCUCAGUCUUGUAUUCUUCUUCAGACAAUGAAUCAUUUAAUCGAUACACUCUAAAUUUAUCUAAAAAGUUAAUUAAUGGACACUUUAGUCUACAUGAAUUUUUGUCUACAAUAACAACAAAAACUAGAAUUGGUUCAAUUAACUGUGGUGAUUAUUGUUUUGAUUAUGAUUAUAACUUGCAUAUAGGUUAUGAUGAUAAAUCUAAUGAAUCAUCUAGAAUAUCGUCAGCAUACUUAUCAUGUAUCCCACUAUCUGUUAGUCUGUUAACUAAACAUUUGUCUAAUCCAACUACCAACUUUAGAAUUAACAAUGUUGAUGACAUUAGCCUGAAAAGUAUUCAUGACGUAUGUACAUUAAACGGACUGUCUAUUUUAAAGUAUAUGAAAUUCUUCCCACCAUUCUGUGUAAUAAACGACUUAAAUUACAAUAGUCUGUUGGGUCAUGACUGUGCUAUACCCAUUUCUACUGUUAUUAAAGCUUUAGAUACUGAUAACACUUUCAAUAGUAGUAAAAAUGAUAUUAGUCCAAAAGGUGACAGUGAAACACAUAUGGAUUUUUUAAUCAGAAAACAACAAUCCAUAGGAGAUGUUUCAAAUAAGCAUCAGUAUGAAACGAAAGCACCGAUGAAAAUAUCUCAUUAUACUACUGAAAUUUUACCAAGAUUGGAUAAAAUCAUUCCAAAAGUUGUAAAUUCACACAUUUCUACAAUUCGAAUAGAAAUGAAAUCAAUGUCAAGACAACAAAAUAUGGUGAUAAAUCCUUCAGAAUACAGCUAUAAUUACAAUUACAAGCGUGAGUAUGCAUCUAGUGAUUUGUUACUUCUCAUAAGGUGCACGAGACGUUUGUAGCUUCCGUUGCUUACUACCAGAAUAGAUGCCAGGUUUGCAAUGUAGCCAACUAAGCGAGUGACGCAAUAAUAUGGUGCUCACAAAUACUCAUAUAAAUUUUUCCUUGGCCGUGUAUACACAUAAUAUCAUACUUUUAACUUUGGUAGAUUUAAGAACAUAAGAACGAUUGAUUCUUCUCAAAACUUUCAUCUCUAGUCACUCUAACUACUCACGAGUAGUUCAAACAUUAAUUUACAAUAAGUGUGAGUGAAUAAUUGGUUUAUAAUUUUGGGUAUAUUUCAAACAACACAACCACCUUUAAUUCUCUCCAUUUAUUCGAAUUAUCCGCUGAUUAAUCUAUCAGUGUCCAAAACGUUCACACAUACAGUGAGGAUCGCACAUAUUUCCACUUUCUAGUAUUCCAAAAGUAAAACGAUAUUCUACAUCACUUUUCUAUUUCCUGUUUGAAAUCUAAUGCUGCAUAAUGUAUAUGUUUUGAACUGCUAUCAUAUGCUUCAAAUUAAAGUUGGAGUAUGGAAAUGCUUUUGCUAGCGAUUUCUGUAUGCUUUUAUUUCAAUACCUAAUUUAUAAGUACUGACGAUACCCAUUUGGACAUCAAAGAUAACAGCAUGUGAUCUAUCAGAAGCAUCUCUAACCUCUUCGUCUUCAAUAUUUCUUUCUUCAUUUGAUUGUCAAUCCAUUGGCCAUCAUUAUCAUUAUCCUCGGGAUCCUAAUCAUCACAUGGAUCCUUUCAUUAAUACUGCAUUCAAUACAUUGUCAACCAGCAAAAAACCAGUCUACAAUGUCAGCCUCAACAUCUGUUCACCUAACCAACAAACGGUUAUGGAGUCGUGCUAUAGUGAAUCUAGGCGUGUAAAGCAUCGUCAAAAUCUAAUUUUCACUUAUGCACAAACUUUCAGUAUAAGAUUGUUUUUUGAUUUGAUAAAUUUUCUGCGUUUGUUUCUAAGAAAUCUUUUAAACUUGUUACCUUCACCUUAUUUACUAUUCAGGAGUAAGAAAAGAAAAUACGUGCCCAGUUCUAAGUUAUAAACCUUUAUUCGCCAGUUUGCGCCUACAUUUGAUUCUGCUAGGUUAGUAUUUGUGACAAAACUCUUAGUUGAGCAUUUUUAUCACAUUUUUCGUUAACAACAGGUUGCAUAUUUCUUUGUCCGUUUGUAAGAAAUUCAGAUUUCUCAGGAAUUCAACGACUCCAAUGUCAAAAUGUGAUUACUGUUGGUGCUGUAAAAAAUAUUUUAACAACUUGUUUAUACGCACUGUAUUUUUUCAAACAGUAACCUUUGUCUCCUUAUUCUUAAAUUGUCUAUGUUUUAAAUUUUCGUCUUUAUUAUGACAAUAUUUACUGAAAGAAAGCCUUUCGUUCCCUUUCGUUUGUAUUUCUAUCUUUUUCCAUCCUUUUUCGGUUAUUAUGCUUCAAAGAUUGAAGAACAUGAAAGCGGCUGAGGUAGAAGGGUGAAGAAAUAUUCUUUGUAUCAGAUUCGAUUUCAAAGAAAAGGACCAAUUUUGCAUGUCCUUCAGUUUUUAUAUCCACUAUCCUGCUUCCUCAUAAUAGUCAGAUGAUAUUUGUUUUGCUUUCUAUCGCAACAUUAUAAAAAUGCGUAACCAUGAAAAUGUGUAACUAUGUGGUAUUGGUUUGUAUUUUAACACACCAGACAGUUUAGUAGAACAUUUCGUCGAUUAUUUUAUAUCAUUCAUUCGAUGAUGAGGAUAAAAAGAUGCUGGUUUUGAAAAAAAAAGGUAUGGAGGCAGUCAAACAACCCUAAUUUUCAUUAUAUUCUACGCUCAUUCGCAACUGUUAUGAUUUUUGUGAAGGUGACAACUUAAGGAGAAGCACCUUCAACGCUCAAAUCAUAACCAUUUAGGCCAUUUUAAAUUGUGUGAAUAUAUUACCUAUAUAUCAAAAUGUUUAUUAACCUACUUAUUUGUGAUAAGUAGUAAUGAUUAUUUAAUAGUUCCUUC